AUGGGAAAAUGGGAAAAUGCAACCAUGGUGACUGAAUUCGUGCUUGUCGGGCUCUCUAAAAGCCUCAAAGUCCGUGCUGGUUUGUUUGUCCUCUUCCUGGUUAUCUAUCUCAAUGCUGUAGCUGGCAAUGCCCUCAUAUUGGUGCUGAUUAUAGUAGAUUCUCACCUCCACACACCCAUGUAUUUUUUCCUUAGCAAUCUCUCCUUCAUUGACAUCAGCUAUGUCACCACCUCUGUCCCACAGAUGCUGGUCCACUGCUUCAUGGACAGGCCUACUAUCCUGCUGGGCAGAUGUUUUGCCCAGACGAGCAUUGGCAGCUUGUUAGCUGUGACUGAGUCCAUUUUGCUAGCUGUGAUGGCUUAUGAUCGUUUUGUGGCAAUAUGCUACCCUCUGCGCUACAACCUGAUCAUGACCCGCAAUGUAUGCAUCCAGCUGGCUGUGAGCCUGUGGGUCAGUGCCUUCCUUUUGACUAUUGUCCCCUUUUUCAGCAUGAAGGCAACUCUCUGUGGGCAAAACGUGGUGAAUCAUUUCAAGUGUGAACUGCAGGCAGUGUUGAAAUUGGCUUGCUCUGACACCCAUGCCAGUGGAAUUAGCAUGAUUAUAACCAGUGUCAUUACACUAGCGUUCCCCUUCUUCUUUAUUUUGGUGACCUAUGGCCGUAUUGGACUCACUGUUUUGCGUAUCCAGUCGGCACAAGGUCGGAGCAAAGCCUUGUCCACCUGUGGCUCUCACCUCACUGUAGUGAGCAUUUAUUAUGGCACUAUCUUGGCCAUGUACUUGAGGCCUCAGGCCAAGACAUUCUCGGACAGGGAAAAAGUAGUGGCGGUCUUUUAUGGAGCUGUGAUCCCCAUGUUAAACCCCAUGAUUUAUAGCCUGAGGAACAGGGAUGUGAAGGGAGCGCUCUGCAGGCUGGCUGGGAAGAAAACAGAAGAAUAA